CUCCCCUCAGCUGUGCUCAGCUCCCAGGUGACCUGGGAGACCCCACGUUCUCAGGAAGGAGCCGGAAGUGCACAGAUGUGACUCUCACCUCCCCUGCAGACCCAGGACAGGGGCUCCUGCUCAGGGCCCUGCAUCAGGGGGGCUGGGGGCUGGGGACCUGGGAGUGGGAGACUGGCCCGUCCCUUCUGGUGGAGGGUCUCAAACUUUCUUUUUCAAAUGAAGAUUUACGCGGGACCCUGAUCUAUGAAGCAGAAAAGCACUGUUCUACAAUGUGAAAAGCCCUGGUGGCACAGUGGCUAAAAUGCUUGGCUGCUAAGUGAAAGGCCAGCGGUUCUAACCCACCAUCCAGCUUCUCGGCAGGAGAAAGAUGUGGCAGUCUGCUUCCAUAAAGAUCUCCAGCCUUGGAAACCCUAUGGGGCACUUCUACUCUGUACUAUGGGGCCACUGUGAGUCGGAAUCAGCUCGACAGCAGCGGGUGUGAUGUGAAACAACGUUUACGUUCAUCCGUUCCAGUUUACAAUACUGACGUGGACAGUCACUCGGAACCCCCCGAGGCAGGCGGGGAACGGGAGGAGGAGCAAGCCUUCCUGGUCAGCCUCUACAAGUUCAUGAAGGAGCGACACACGCCCAUCGAGAGGGUGCCCCAUCUCGGCUUCAAGCAGAUUAACCUGUGGAAGAUCUACAAGGCAGUGGAGAAGCUGGGGGCCUAUGAGCUGGUGACUGGCCGCCGCCUCUGGAAGAACGUGUACGACGAGCUGGGGGGCAGCCCGGGCAGCACCAGCGCAGCCACGUGCACUCGCCGCCACUAUGAAAGGCUGGUCCUUCCGUAUGUGCGGCACCUGAAGGGGGAGGAUGACAAGCCGCUGCCCCCCUCCAAGCCCAGGAAGCAGUACAAGAUGUCCAAAGAGCCUCGGGUGGAUGACGGGGCCACUGAGAGGCUGAAGAAGGCCAAGGAGAGGCUGGUGGACCAGAUGAUGCCAGGAAAGAACAAGACUGAUACUGCAGACCCAGCUCAGCUCCCCAGUCAGGAGUCCCCAAGGGACAGUGCUGAGCAACCAGGCCCAGCCCCUGCACCCACUCUGCCCUUCAUGGGGGCCAGCUGCUGCCCUGAGGCCUACAAGCGGCUCCUGUCCAGCUUCUGCUGCAAAGAGACACAUGGCAUCAUGUCACCUCUGGCCAAGAAGAAGCUCCUGGCCCAGGCGAGCAAGGCAGAGGCCUUGCAGUGCCAGGAGGGGGGCUGUCACCACGGGGCAGGCAGCUCCGACAGGGAGCCCCAGGGCUCCCCAGCUGCUUGCCCCCUGGAGAGUCCCCGGAGCCCAGGAGGGCCGGCUGAGAACUCCAGACACCGACUGACCCCUCAGGAGGGACUGCAGGCUCCUGGGGGCAGCCUCAGGGAGGAGGCUCAGGGAGGACCCUGCCCGGAAGCCCCCAUCUUCACAGGCUAUUUCCAUGCCUACCCCACUGAGGUGCUGAAGCCCAUUAGCCAGCACCCCCGGGACUUCUUCCCCAGCCUUAAAGAUGGGGUGCUGUUGGGGCCGUCUGGCAAAGAGGCUGGGUUGCCGGCCAAAGAGCCCCAGCUGGUGUGGGGUGGGGAUGUCAACCGCCCCUCUGCAUUCCACAAAGGCGGCUUCAGAAGGAGCAGCCCUUACCCUAAGCCCAAAGCCUGUUGGGUGUCCCCCAUGGCCAAGGUCCCCACUGAGAGCCCAGUGCCCCCGUCCACCUUCCCCAGCAGCCCGGGCACCAGCGGCAAGCGCAGACUGGAAGAAGAGGGCUUUGCUGCCUGCGGUGGCAAAAAACUGCGGGCAGUGUCUCCCUAUCUGAAGGAGGUGGACGCCAGUGAGUGUGGGGCCACACCCACAGGGCCAGGCUUGGCUGUCUCCUGCCUGCUGGACCCAGCCCUGCGGCCUGCCCCCCAGGAGGCCUACAGGGGCACCAUGCUGCGCUGCCCACUGAACUUCACCAAUACCCCAGACCCCUUAAAAAGCCAAGCCACUCUCCCCUUCAGCCCACUGGUCAUCCCGGCCUUCCCGGCCCACUUCCUGGCCACUGCAGCCCCCUCACCCAUGGCCGCUGGGCUGAUGCACUUCCCCACUGCGUCCUACGACAGUGCCCUCCGCCACAGACUCUGUCCAGCCUCGUCCGCGUGGCAUGUGCCGCCUGCCACCACCUAUGCUGCGCCCCACUUCUUCCAUCUCAACACCAAGCUGUAGGCUGGAGCUGCGGCAGGCUGUGCUGUGGAGGAGCUGACGCUGCCCAGGAGGUGGGAUGCGUGGUCAGGGGACUCUGGGCUGGAGCCUGCUCCCCAGGGCGGCCGGGCUGAGCCCUGUGCGGGAGCACGCUCCUGGCACACGCAAAGAGGAAGGUGGUGGGAAAGCUGGAUUUGCCUCUCCAGGAAACAGCCCCUCCCCAGGGAUGGGACCCAGUUGCUGCAAGACCUCAGGAGGAGGUGGUGCAGGCUGGUGGUCCCCAGCUGGAGCGCCCAGAGCAGAGGCCAGGAGCGGGUGGAGGGUCUGAGGAGUCAGAUGGCAGCCCAGGGCAUCCAGGAUGCCAACCGAAAAUCCAAUAAAAAGACAACAAUGUGAAAUCCAACCAGCUCUGAGGCUUGCUUUCCAAGGGCGGCCGUGGCAGGCUGUGCUUAUGGGGGCCACCAGCGGGGCAUCUGUGGACUUGCCAGGUCUUGAACCCGCCACUCUAUCAAACAGCAGGGUCCAGAGCAAAAGCUCUGCCUCUUCAUAUUCCAGGGCUCUGAACUUCAUUCUGUCCCGUCAGUCCAUUUCCUCAGCGGGGCCUCACAACCAGCUGCUGCCUCCCUCACUGUACCGACGGGGAGCCCGAGGCUCAGAGUCCCAUGCCUUGCCCCAACUCCCCUGCAGGUAAGAGGCAGGGCAGGGCUGUGAACGAAGGGUCACUCCCUCACUCUGAGCUGAGCCACAGGACUGCGGGCAUCAGGGAGUGCGUGCUCUGCACUGUCCUGGCACUCGUGGGGGAGAGCGAAGGAGCAGGAAACCCAGAUUGGUCUGCCCUGGUAGUGGACGCAGACGUGGGCGGAGGAACUGCUGAGUCCUCCCAGAGAGCCGAAGGCGGCCACCACCAUACCUGCCUCCCCCAUGGGAAUGAGCUCUGCCUCAUGCUGUGGCCCAGCAGGUGCGCUGGACUAAGAGAGCCUGGGGUUCUGGGGACAAAGGGAAGUGAAGGUGCCAGGGGCUUGGGCUGGGGCCAGGCAUCAUCGUGACCCCCGAGGGUCUCAUGAGAAGGGGCUGCUCUAGGGAGCUCACAGUGAGAAGAGCAACAGCCCGACGCCUUCCUUCCCGCAGGCUCUAAACGGGGAGCAGUGGGCACUGCCCCCAGCUGCCUCUCACAGUAGGAGGGAGGAGGCCCUUUCACAGCGUCACUCCUCUCCCCUCCACAGGCUGCCUGUUGUCAAGUCAGGGCCUUUGCUGUUUGCUGAGCUUCACACCUGUUUGUGUAAAGGCAGUGUCACUGUUGUCAGGCACUGGGGUGGCAGGUGUGGAGCUGGGCCCCCAGCUGGCCUGAGAUUGAUCAGUGGACAGCCUCUAACUCAUUCCACUGGCCCUCACCCUGCCUCCUGGGGGCCUUGGCUGAGGAGUUGCUGGGAACCCAGGCUACAGGAGGGGUCAUUUAGUGUGAUCUCCUUAUCCCAGAGGUGAGAAGCUGAGGCAGGGGCAGGAGGGGUCUUGCUUGCCCGAAGCCACCACUGAGUAUGGCCAAACCCUGACCAGGGCACAUGCAACAUGCUUGGCACCAGGGGGUGGGCCGCCUGCCUCCAGCCUCCUCCUCCAGGAGCUGCCCUCUCCGUGGCAGCUGUGCAGGGCCAGGAGCCCAGAACAAGCUCAGGCUCUAGAGCUGCUGCUCCCACGUCCCCACCUCCCUCCUUCCAGGAGAUGCUGAGAUGCCAGCCAGAGUAUCUGCAAGACUUCCAUCCCUGAGCCCUGAUGCCCACACCCACCACCUGCUACCCAUCUCUGAGCCUCUGGAAGCAAAGGCGAGGGGCCUGGGUCUCCUGCCCACCCUCCAGGCAAACGCCCUGGGUCAUAGGAGUCAGAUCCCCUGGAGAAGGGGGACGUGAGGGCUACCCUGUUGUGUGCGGGGUCCUGCCUGAGCUGGGACAGGGCCCCCUUCAUCUGCAAAGCAAUAGCGACCUUGCCUUGGCACAAAGGUGAGAAGACUCACCUGCACCAGGACAUGCCUACAGAGUGUGCAGCGAUGUGAUGGUUGCGCCCCCUAGUGGCUGCACUGGGAAUAUACAUCUCUGGGAGGGGCAGUCUGUGUCCUGAGCUGAUGGGUGCCCUGGGUAGGACACCCUGGGCUAGCUUAGAGUCUGAGGAAACACCUAGAGCUUCGUGUGGGUGAUACUCCUGGGCCUUACCGCUCCUGUGAUCUGCAGCCCCGACCUGCCCAGAGCCUCACGGCACACUGGUGGUGUUGCUGCAUGGUCCUACUUAAGCAAUGGCAGCUUUAAAUGAGUUUUCUCAGUCACCCCUCACAACUCCCAGGGGAAGGUGAGCUUCCACCAUUUACAAAUGAGGAGGCUGAGCUCAGAGAGAUGAGAGGGCUUCAAAAGCUAGGAGGUGGCAGGCCAGUUCCUUGCCUGCCAGUUGCACGCCAUAUUCAUUCUUUUGCAUUACAUUCCUGGCCCUGACAAACCCUGACACUCUCCCCAGGGGACCCACAGGACCAGCAGGGAUGACAGCGCACCUCUGGGGCAUAAACGAUGCUUCAGAGCCAUUUUUAGGGCCCCUUUCAAAUGGGAGCCCUGGUGGCACAGAGGUUAAGAGCUCAGCUGCUAACCGAAAGGGUGGUAGUUUGAAUCUACCAUGCACUCCUUGGAAACCCUAUGGGGCAGUUCUACUCUGUCCUACAGGGUUGCUGUGAGCCGGAAUUGGUUCGAUGGCAAUGGGUUUUUGUUUUGUUUCCCCAAACUAGACUAGGGCAUUGGAGCCGCUAAGGGAGGCGGUGAAUGGAUACACCUCUGAAAAGGCCCGUCCGUUUCCGUGGUUCCGGCCCUUGACUGGUGACAGUGUCAGGGCAGGUGUCAGGCGUUCCACAGACCCUUACUUGGUAUCAGCUCUCCGUGGCGCCAGCGCUGUUUUAGGUGUCGGGAAUAACACAUCAGUGAGCAGAACACCAAAUCCCUGCUCUCAGGAGCUGGCCUUCUCCUGGGGAGACGGAGACCAAACAAAUGACUAAAGUACGGAGCGUGUCAGAGGACAGAAGUGCUAGGCAGAAAGAUG